AUGGCUGUGGCCCAAUGCAACUAUGAACCUGAAGGAAAUUCAGCUGUCUGGCUUGUCAAAAGCAAUAAAUACUAUGUAUUGCAAGAGGAAGAUUCUGGCUGGUGGAAAGUAAGGGAUUUGGAAGGGAAUGAAGGCUUUGUACCAAGUGCUUACUUGAGAAAGUUAUCUCUGAAUGAUGAUGAGCCAAGGGAAAACUCGAGUGUCAGUGAACAGACACUGGCAGAAGAGCAGAGUAUUGCUAAGCAUGAAAAUCAGCCGCUGAAUAAUAAGUCCAGUAUUUCUCUUUGCAGUUGGUAUGCUGGUAAUAUCUCCCGUGCCCAGUCUGAGCAGCUGCUCCAUCAGAAGGGAAAAGAAGGCGCUUUUAUGGUUCGGAAAUCUAGCCAAGCAGGAAAAACUGUGUCUGUGUUCAGCAAGGUUCCUGAAAGUAAGAAAGGAACAGUCAAACAUUACCAUGUGCACAAAACCCCUGAGAAGAAGUAUUACCUCGCUGAAAAUUACUGUUUUGAAUCCAUUCCCAAGCUUAUACACUACCAUCAGCACAACUCAGCUGGUAUGGUGACAAGGCUCCGGCAUGCAGUGUCUACGCAAGGAAAUAAAGUCCCAACCACAGCUUCAUUAGGAAAUGGAAUCUGGGAGCUGAAACGAGAAGAAAUUGUCCUGCUGAGAGAGCUAGGGAGUGGUCAGUUUGGAGUGGUGCAUCUGGGAAAGUGGAAGGAAAAGUACGAUGUGGCCAUAAAGAUGAUUAAAGAGGGAGCAAUGUCAGAAGAUGAAUUCAUAGAAGAAGCUCAGACCAUGAUGAAACUAAAUCAUCCCAAACUUGUUAGACUGUACGGUGUAUGCUCAAAAUUGUAUCCCAUCUAUCUAGUGACGGAAUACAUGCCUAAUGGCUGUUUGCUUAGCUACCUAAGGAGUCAUGGGAAGGAACUACAACCACUUCAGCUUCUGGAAAUAUGUUAUGAUGUUUGUGAUGCUAUGGCAUUUCUGGAGAGCUGUCAGUUCAUACACAGAGAUUUGGCUGCAAGGAACUGUUUGGUUGACAGCAAUCUUACCGUGAAAGUAUCUGACUUUGGGAUGACUAGGUAUGUUCUGGAUGACCUGUAUAUAAGUUCAUUAGGAACCAAGUUUCCAGUGAAGUGGUCAGCACCAGAAGUUUUUCAUUACACCAAAUUUAGCAGCAAGUCAGAUGUAUGGGCUUUUGGUAUCUUAAUGUGGGAGGUGUUCACUUUGGGAAAGCAGCCCUAUGAGCUUUAUGAUAACAUGCAGGUGAUUGAGAAAGUUUCUCAAGGAUACAGACUCUAUAGACCACAACUGGUUUCAGACAUCAUCUACCAGAUAAUGUACAACUGCUGGCAUGAGCUACCAGAAAAGCGCCCUGCCUUUUAUCAGCUCUUAUCAUUUUUUGAGGCACUGAGAGAAGACAACAGAGCUUGA